ACAGUUAAUGGGAUCAAUAGGUUGCGAAGUGAACUAGAUUUUGGGCAUAAUUAAGCCAAGAUUCAUCCACAUAAAUCCACUCAAAGUGCAAACUCGAAUACGCCGUGGGAAAUGUAUUCAAAUUUUGGCUUGCCUGUGAGUCCGCUCCUGUGUCCAUCUGCCUCUGGUUUGCACGCUGAAUUAAACUACGCCAACGGGAGCUGAAGCCAGACAAUUUUAAACAUUGUAAGCGUGAUCAGCGGCGGGCAUCGGGCAAAAUGGGCGAUAAGGAUAUGGAUAUAUUGCGUCCACUCAGCGACAGCGAAGUGGAUGAGCUGAUGGCAUUGUACAGGACGAAAUAUGGAGCGCUCAACUUUCAUUAUCUACUGAUGUAUAAUCAGCGUAAAUGGGAUCGCCAGCUAGAGGUAGCGGGCGUAUCGCGAAGCGAUCAGGCUUACAUAUCGCUGCGCAAACGUUUCUUUACACAUCGCACUGGCGAUUUCCGGCAGUACGGCACGUACGUGAGCCUGCAUGAGGAUGUGGUGCAGAGUGUCUCCUUCUACAGCUGGCAAGCAGCUGGAGCGGAGCUCUUCGCCUGCCUGGAGCAGACGCGGCUCAUUCAAUGGGCCAAGGGGGCACUGCUGACCAAUGUCGAUCCAGAAUAUUGUGCACGCGUCAAAGAGAUUGCCGUAAAGAAGGGCGCCUCGGGCAUACAAUCACGUCAGUGCUACGGCAUGGUAUUGCCACAUGCUGAUGCAAAAGCGAUAACGGUGCCCGAAUUGCUAUCGGACUUUGAGCUGCGCCAGCUAACCGACGAGGAUGCCGAAGCCGUGCACGCCAUAUGGCCGAAUAAGGGCGAAGGAUCCCUGGCAUAUAUACGUGCACUGAUCAGGUUCAAUAGAACAGUGGGCGCCUGUCGCAGUGACACCGGCGAAUUGAUCGCCUGGAUAUUUCAGAAUGAUUUCUCUGGCCUGGGUAUGCUACAGGUGCUACCCAAGGCGGAGCGUCGUGGCCUUGGUGGCCUAUUGGCUGCCGUUAUGACCAAACUGAUUGCCAAAAAGGAGGAGGUGGCGCUCACCGCAUGGAUCGUGUCCAACAAUUGGCGCUCGGAAGCGUUGCUCAAACGCAUUGGCUAUAAGAAAGAAGUUGUAAACGAAUGGAUAAAGCUGUUGCCCGCAUAGUAUGCGCAACGUUGAUUGACUGACUGCCAUGGGAUUGGGAUUGGGAUUGGGUAAGGGGAUGGAUAAGCACCAAGCCGGUUCCAAGUGAAAGCCAAACGGACUGGUUUACACAGUACGUAGUAGAUAAAUGUGUUUAUUGCCUAUGUACACGGUCAACAAUUUUUAAUACGCACGCAUUGCGUGCGUUACGAUUUUGUAAAUACAUGCAGUUUUAAGGCAUAGUCAAAAUUCAAA